GGAGCCUCGGGGCGGUUCUGCCCGGGCUGGGCCCUUCCAGGUUCCAUCCCCGCUCGGGCGGGGGCGGCCGGUGCCGGCGGCCGCGAUGGGGCCGCUGCCGGCGCUCCUGCUGCUGCUGCUGGGCGUGGCGGGGUGCCCCGGGGCCCGGGGGGCCCGGCCCGCGGAGCCGCGCGCCUCGUGGGUGACGGUGCCGCGGCAGCUGAGCCCCCGGGGCGGCGACGACGCCCCGGCCCUUUCCUACUGGCUGAACGUGGCGGGGCGGCCGCGGGUGCUGCGCCUGCAGCCCAGGAGGGGCUUGGUCUCCCGCCCCUUCACCCUGGUCACCUACGGCCGGGACGGGGCCCGCCGGGAGGAGCACCCCUUCGUGCGGGACAACUGCUUCUACCAGGGCGACGUGCUGGGGAGCCCCGGCUCCCUGGUGGCCCUCAGCACCUGCGGCAGGGGCCUCCACGGCGUGCUCUGGGUGGAGGAUGACACCUACCAGAUCGAGCCCGUCCCCAAUGAUCCGGCCUUUCGGCACAUUCUCUACCGCAUGGAGGAGGCCAACAGCCCCGAGGGAACCAGCUGCGGACUGACGCCGGAGGUACUGCAGCAACAAAAGGCUGUGCUGCCAUGGUUCAAGGCUCCCAAGGCAGAGGAGGAGAACGAAAAGCUGAAGGACUGGUGGACACACAUCAGGUAUGUGAAGAUAGUAGUGGUCGUGGACCACGUGCGGUUUGUGAAGUCAGGCAGGAGCAAAUCCCAAGUCUUGAAGCAUGUCAUGCAAGUCAUCAAUUCUGGGGACAUUUUGUACAAACAGCUUUCUGUCCGUCUGUUCCUCAUAGGACUGGAGAUCUGGACUGAAAAUAACUUAAUAAAUGUUACUAACUCUAUUCCCCAGGUACUUAGUGACUUUAACGCCUGGAGAAAGUCAAACCUGGUACAUCGGAUGCGCCACGAUGUUGCUCACUUAUUUGCAUUUCAGUGGUUUGGAAGCAGCUUGGGAUUGGCAUAUAUAGGGACAGUGUGUGAUAGCCACUGGUCAUCGGCUGUUAUUUCCUUCACUGAGAAAAAGUUGUCUUCAAUUGUUAUCACAUUUGUUCAUGAGCUGGGCCAUAAUCUUGGGAUGACCCAUGAUAAACCGGAAUGUAAUUGCAAACACAAGACAUGCAUUAUGUAUGAAAACAAUGCUGAAACAGAUUCAUUCAGUGACUGCAGUUACAAAGAGUACUUUAAUCUGGUUGUAAAUGGCGCUCCGUGCCUUCAUCAACCACCAGCACCUGGCACUUUCUACACCGAUAAACGUGAAUACUGUGGCAAUAAGAUAGUAGACAGUGGAGAGCAAUGUGACUGCGGUUCAGCAGCAAGCUGCCGAAGGGAUCCUUGUUGCCGCGCAAACUGUACAUUUACUGCAGGUUCAGACUGUGCAUCUGGAAAAUGCUGCAAGAACUGUAAAGUCCUUCCAGCAGGAACACUCUGCAGAGCAAGUACUGGCAGCUGUGACCUGCCAGAGUAUUGCAAUGGGAUUUCCCCUCAGUGCCCACUGGAUGUAUAUGUACAAGAUGGAGCUCCUUGCAAUGAUGGUAUUUAUUGCUAUCAAGGAAAAUGUUCUUCCCACAGUGAAAAGUGCCGGCAUCUCUUUGGCAAGCAAGCCAAGGUUGCCCCUUUAGAUUGCUUCAAAGCAGUGAAUACUCAAGGUGACCGGUUUGGGAAUUGUGGUAUUCAUGACAAUGUCCGUUUUACAAAAUGCAGUACUAAGAAUGUCUUGUGUGGUAGGAUUCAGUGUGAAAACAUAGUCAAAAUUCCUUUCUUGCAGAACCAUGUAACACUAGUCCAAACUCCUGUUCGAGAUAAAAAUUGUUGGGGUCUCGACUAUCACUUAGGGAUGCCAAGAGCAGAUGUGGGAGCUGUGGAAGAUGGCACACCAUGUGGUAGUGAUAUGCUUUGUAUCAACAGGACGUGUAUGAGUGUAUUAGUGCUGAACUAUGAUUGCAACAUGACAAAGUGUCAUGACAGAGGGGUGUGUAACAAUCGUAAGAACUGUCACUGUAAGUAUGGCUGGGCUCCUCCAUAUUGUGAAUUGGAAGGAUUUGGAGGUAGCAUUGACAGUGGACCCCCUCCAGUUAGGAGGGCUCAGAGAGCAAAAGUAAGACUAGCACUAUUUGUUUUUUUUUCUAUGUGUAUUGUUGGAGUAGCCCUUUCCAUCCAUUAUAGACAGGAAAUAGAGGGAUGGCUUACGAAGAUGAAACCCCAAUUCCAUAGAAUAUUGCAGUUGUUUCAAAGACUGAAAAAAACAGAAGUUCCUAAAGAAAACUCACCUGCUGGCGAGUCAGAAUCCACCAAAGUUCAAAAAGCAGUAUCUUUGGAUUCUCUUGAGGAAAUCUCCCUUUAGCAGAGCCAUCUGAUAACUCAUCAAAAUAAUUCAACAGGUUCUGAACAGCUCUAAUCUCAUGUGAUAUCAUUAAAUGCAGAGUAAAACUUAUCUCUGUAUAUUUUCUUUUAAGUUAGUACAUGCAGGCAGUAAGGCAUGCUGUUCUUUGUACCCUGAGCUCUUAAACUGAUGUAAUUAAGUAAACUGCAAGUAUUGUGUUUGUGCUUCAUAUCAACAGUUUAAAAAUGCAAACUUCUUAAAACAGCUGUAGAUAAAUUACUUGCUUCAAUUUCCUCCUUCACCUAAUAUUUUCUUCAAUUCAGUGAGAGAGAUGUUUGUGAACAUCUGUUCUCAUUCAUUAACAGCCAGAGAAAAAAAAAUUGCACUUGCAGUCUCCACUAGGUCCUUCCAGGCAAACUAUUCUGUGUGUCUGUGAUUUAAUUCACAUCUGUGACACACAAGAGGUAAGGAACAGGUAUUGCAGUGAGAUACAGGUGUCUGUUUCACAAGUGUUUCCAGCUGUUUACAGGGAGCAGCUCUUCAGGAGGGAGGUAGACCAUAGGAAACAGGGUCUUCCUUUUGUAAAAGAGUAGAGAAGGAUUAUCCAGAUCACAACCACUAUAACUGAAUGUGUCCUUGCACCUCUAUGGAGCGCCACACAGAAGCAUUGUCAUUUUAAUUUUUUUAACACAACAUAAAGUAUGUCUAACUUCUGAAAAAUAUUAGGGACAUGGAACCACCAUUCAGUAAGUUUUAUUGUUAUUAUUUCUAUUACAGCAGUAACUAGACCAUUCUAUCAGAUCAGCAUGAAGAGGAGUCUGUAGUCCAGAUCACAGUUAAACCUUUUUUUAAAAGGUGUUUCAGGAUAAAGGGCUAUAAUGCACUUGUCUGCUAACAAAAUAAUUAUUUGUAUUUAGAAAAUAAAGAGCACACUUUUAGCAAACAUUCUGUAAAGGCAGGAUAAGUACCCCAACACUUGGGAACAUUUGGGAAGAAAGAUGUUGGUGACUCUACAAAUUAUUAUGGUCAACUCUUGCUGCCUCCCAAAUAUAUAAUAUGUGUUUUUAGAA